CAUAGUUCUACGGAACAAGAACUAUCUGAUGAACAUACCGACUACGUCUUCUCAGAUAUGGAAGUUACAGCUUGGAUAGCUAAUGGAUUGAACUUAGAGUCUCCCUCCAAGGAAUUGGAUGAAUUUUACACAUAUAAGAUGUGCAAGGACGACUUUGACUCAAUCACCAUUCCGCCUAUUGAGCCUAUAUCCAAGGUGCCUUCGAAUCUACGCACAUCUUUUGACAAAGCUUCUAGAUUCCAGAAUCAACAUCUGCCAGCAUUUAAUGUGAGGCAAUUCCCCUUACAUCACAUGGACCCCUUCAUGAGAGCGCCGGACUUAGAUGAAAAUAUAAAACUGGUUAACGACUCUCGGAACAAGGUCUACAAGGUGGAGGAUAAGAAGUUGGCUCAACUUGAUACAGCGACGAGGAGAUCCUUCUUCGGAUUAGCGAGGUCCAGAGCAAUCAGUGAGGCAUUGAUUAACAAGUUCCAGAACCCCAGUUCGGAAGAAGAUAGAAUGAUAUUAUCUGCUUUGCUCACUCAGAAAAAGGACCAAUAUUUCAUAUCGGAUCAUCUGGCCUCAACGUCGGCGGGUGUCACCUUAUUACGGAGACAGGUUCGGAGGUGAGAUAGAUGAAGCAGCCAAGGAAGCUACUCACGACUCAAGGGAAGUCAUGAUGAUCAAGUCUAUAGAUACUCUAGCCAACGUCAUUCGUCAUACUUCACAGAAGUACAACAGCAAAUCAAAAUUUUCCGGUAUCCAGAAGGCUAAGGAGAAGAAGUACUCCAACUUCAGAGGCGGGAAAAGUCCUUUUCGUCGCCCAUCCGGAAACUACAGAGGAAACUCAGGGAGAGGACGUACUCCCAGAGGUUUCACAGGGGCUAGAUGCUGAAA